GGAGAGAGAUAAGCGGAGCGGGCGGGCUGGGGCGGGAGGCACGAGGGGAGCGCGGGAUAUAGGACAGUCAGAGACGAGCCAGCGAAGGGGACGGACCAUCGGUCAUGGUCUCAACAACUUUUUGGCUUCUCUCGUGGUGUGACACUCGGAGUGACAGAGAGGCUAUGAAUAGUGACGGCGAAAGAGGGAGUGGUGGCAUGGUACUCAGAAGGGCGGUGCCUUGCGAUUCAGCGCAGCGCAGGAGCUGGGAGGCAGAGAACCAACCGCCUGUGACGACUCAUGACGCGAGGUUUGUCAGUAGAUGCCACUGACUACAGGCCAUAAGAUGGGAGGUGUUUGUCUGAAUGAUGUUCAGAAAGCAUACCAGCGAAUCAAGUCACAUGUGCACCUGACACCUGUUGUUACAAGCCAGUUCUUUAAUAAACUGACUGGGAAAGAAUUGUUCUUCAAGGGAGAACAAUUGCAGAAAACAGGAUCCUUCAAAGCUAGAGGAGCAUGCAAUUGUGUGCUGGUGAAUAAGGAGAAGAACCCAACAGUGCCUGGCAUAGCUACCCACAGCAGCGGCAACCACGGCCAGGCGACUGCCUAUGCUGCUGGCGUGGCGGGUCUGCCUUGCACGGUGGUGGUGCCGCGCGGUACCUCCGAGGUGAAGGCGGACGCCAUUCGGUCAUACGGCGCCCGGCUGGUCUACUGCGAGCCCACCCCUCAGGCCAGGAAGGACACGUGCGCCGCUGUGGCCGCCGAGACGGGCUACGCCAUCGUCCACCCGUACGAUGACUAUAACACGAUCGCUGGACAGGGCACCAUCGCUCUGGAGCUGCUUCAACAGGUGCCGGAUCUGGACGCCGUGCUGGUGGCAGUCAGUGGCGGAGGAAUGAUUUCGGGCAUCGCCACCGUAGUGAAAGAGCUCCGGCCAGAGUGCAAAGUGAUCGCCGUCGAGCCGGCCGGUAAGGAGCUGGGCCCGUGUCUGCGCGCCGGCCGGCGGCUGUGGGCGGACCCGCCGCGCUUCCUCAGCACGCUGGCUGACGGCUGCACCACGCAGCAGUGCGGCCAGCUGACAUUUCCCAUCCUCUGCCGGCUGGUGGAGCCGGAGGUGAUCACUGUCACAGACCGGCAGAUCGUGGACGCCACGCGACUCUUCUGGGAGAGGACCAAGCACGUGAUCGAGCCGUCGGCCGGGAUGGUGGUGGCGGCGGCUCUUUCGGACCAGCUCCCUGCCGACCUCCGACGAGUCGGGGUGGUGCUCUGUGGUGGUAACGUCGACCUGGGUCGGCUGCCGUGGCCGGCGGCCAGCGCGCCGCAGACACUGGUGCAGGACGGCGGGAGCAGCUGAGGGCGCACCGCAGAAACUGGUGCAGGACGGAGGGAGCAGCUGAGGGCGCGCCGCAGAAACUGGUGCAGGACGGCGGGAGCAGCUGAGGGCGCACCGCAGAAACUGGUGCAGGACGGCGGGAGCAGCUGAGGGCGCGCCGCAGAAACUGGUGCAGGACGGCGGGAGCAGCUGAAGGUGGGAGGGAAACACUACUACAGGGGCAGUGACAUAAGCAGGGGCAAUAGGUAGCAGCAGCUGAGGGUAGAGAAGUAGUGCUACCUACCUACAGGGGUAGUGACAAUAGCAGGGGCGACAACGGCUGCUGCAGCUCAUGGUAGUAGGGGAACUGUACUGCAGGGACAGCAGCGGUAGCCAGGUCACCAGCAGUAGCUGAAGCAGGGUCGCCAGCAGAUAAACAGUAUUAGCGGCGGGCUAGCAAUCAGAUAGCAGGGAUUAUCAGGAGAGCAAUAGUGCCGAGAUCAGCUGCAGGAUGUAGCUUUGUUCCGGGUAGCUAUGCUUGCCGAACGGUCUACGCUAGACGCUAGCGUCUCACGUGACAAUAUCAUCCAGUUUACGGGUUAGAAGCAGGGGUUUUACCAGGAUGGGGAUGUAGUAAGCGUUCAGCCCUGCAAUUUACAUUGCUUGGGGAGAAAGGAAAUGCUCUAGAGUGAACUGUGAUUGCAAGGCUGUUGUACCUACCGUCAUGUUUUAGUCGUUUUCUCGCACUGGCCACGGGUUAAAAUGUUAUUGUAUUGUGCUAUUUGAUUAUUGAUAAUACUACUAUUGUUUGUAAGAUGGUAUUAAUGCUGUCGUCGUCGCACAAGCAGGGACUUUACUGUCAUAAUAAAGCGUGUCUGUUGUUAUCCUACCCUCAAAUGUCGGCCCCUGUCUCGACAUUCGGUGUUACCCGAUG